AUAAGAUUCAAUUGUAGAUAAUUUUUACUUAAUAAUACAUCAUUUACCAUAUCAUAUAUAGAUAUUAGUUUGGUCAAAUUGUACAAAAAAAAUCGAUUUCUCCUGACCGACAUAGAUUCAGACAAUAUAAAGCCCAGUCAUAAACCCAAAAGUGUGGAUAAGAUAAUAAUCUUAGCCCAACAAGCAGCGAGAGAGAGAGAGACUUAUUAUUAGGGCUCCGUCAAAUUUCCCCAAUUUCUCUCUGAUUCCUCUCUAGAAAUCGAACUUCUUCUUCUUCGUCCAAGCUUUUGAAUCGAAAAUCGAUGGCGGAUCAGAGUUCUAAGCCGUUGCAGUUUUUCGUGAGACUACUCGACGGAAAAUCAUUAACCCUAAGUUUCUCCUCUCCGUUAGCUUAUGGCGAGCAGAUCAAGCAGCGGAUCUUCGAGCAAACGAAGAUCCCGACGCAUCUACAGAGAUUGAUAAGCGGAGGAUACCAAAUCUCCGAUGGAUCCGCGAUUUCUCAGCCUGACGCCACCGUGAAUCUUGUCCUUUCACUCCGUGGAGGUAAAGGAGGAUUCGGAUCGUUACUUCGUGGUGGGGGUAUGAAAGCUGGGCAGAAGAAGACGAACAACUUCGAUGCUUGUAGGGAUAUGAGUGGACGGAGAUUGAGGCAUGUAAACGCAGAGAAUAGGCUUCAGGAGUGGAAGGAUGGUGAAGAAGGGAGGAACCUUGAGAAAAAGGCUCUUGAGUAUCUGAAGAAGCAAUCCAAUAAAGUGAAACAAGGUGUUGGAAAUGGAGCUACGCAGAAGUAUGUUAAUAAGUAUAAGGAAGAAUCUGAUAAGUGUAUUUUGGCUGUUGAUUUGGCUUUGAAUGAAUCUUUCAAGAAUGGGAAGAGAAAAGCGAAGAUUGGUGCUGAAUCUGAGAAGAAGAAGCGUCUCAAAAUAUGGAAGGGGAAGAGAGCUGUUGAAGAUAGUGACAGUGAUGAUAGCGACGACGAGGAAGAUGAGAAAUCUGUUGUUCUAAACAAUGGUGGUCAUGAUGGUGAUUCAUCUGGUAAAUCUUCAUGCAAUAGUGGUUCAGAGGAAGAGAACGACGCUGUAAUGCACCGCAGUUUCGAUGUGGUUAAGGAAGAGAUCACCGGUGUUCAAGGGAUUAUUGAAGAGGAGAUGAAUGAUUUACCUGUUUCUGUUGCUGUUGAUGAUGCUAAUACUGUUGCUGAUGAAAUGGAUCAACUUGAAAAGGUGGAGAAAUCAAGUGGAGACGCAGGGAAGAAUCUGGUUGAUGUAGCUUGUGAAACGUUAAUUACGUCUGCAGCUGUUAAGAGAGAAGGAACUGCGAAAGAAACAGUGUCUGUUGAUGCAGUAUGUUGCAAACCUGUUGAACCACUUAACUUUGAUGACUUCAAUUCACCAGCAGACAUGGAGGUUUUGGGGAUGGAGAGAUUGAAGACUGAGCUUCAGUCACGUGGUCUGAAGUGCGGAGGGACAUUGCGAGAGCGAGCUGCGAGGCUAUUUUUACUUAAAUCAACGCCACUCGAUAAGCUCCCAAAGAAAUUACUGGCCAAGAAAUGACAGACAACAUCCAACUCCAAAAAUAUCCCUUUUGAAGUUUUUUGCUUGUAGUACGAUAAUACAACGCACAAUGUGUAAUAUCAGCUGUAUUUUUCACUAAUCCACCAACAUUAUCGCUUUCGCAAUGAUUCUUCUCUUUUUUCUUUCCCAUUGUAUAUAGUGCACAAUUCUGUCCACGUUCAUGAACAAAAUCCUUUGAUUAGAGAUGAGUUUACUUUAGACUAAACAGAGUGAGUCUACGACUGACAGAGAUUCUCUGAUUGAAGACAACAACAAUCAUCUUCCCAACUCCCAAGAGGGCACAGGUAUCACUGCGUCGGG